AUGGCAGUGUUCCGCGUCUUUGCUCUCCGACGCCUAGAGGAGGAACUCAGGGACUUUACCCUUGCCGACAUCUAUGGGAAGAUGAAUAUGGAAGAGGACGCGUUCGAAGGAUGGCUAAGGUCGAUAGGACUUCUGCCCACACCCAGAUGCCCUUCUUGCGGACGUCCGAUGACGCUGAACGAGGCCCAAAAGCGUUGGUUCUGCCACAGGAGAGAAUGCCGCUCCGGAAACACCAAGCCAACCGAGGGAAUAACUGCCGGCUCGUUCUUCUCCAAGUGCAAGCAGCCGCUUGUCAAGUUUUUCGCUCUCUCGUACUUCUGGCUCCACAACUAUGGGCUCGUGAAGGAUAUCGAGUACGAACUGGGAAUUCGACACACCACCGUCGUCCAGUGGGAGCAGUAUUUCCGCGACAUAUGCUGCGAGUACUUUAGGAGGAAUCGCCCAGUUCUCGGAGGAUUCGGGCACACGGUGGAAAUUGAUGAGACGUGCGUCACGAAGAGGAAGUACAAUCGUGGUCGGGUUGUACGUGUACACCAGUGGCUAUUUGGAGGAUAUGAGAGGGGAAGUGGAAGAUCAUUUUUGGUUUUGGUACGACGACGCGAUGCUCGCACCCUCCUGCGCCUCAUCGUCAGAUACAUAAGGCCCGGCACCACCAUCAUAAGCGAUUGUUGGCAAGCCUACAAUCGCAUUUCCGCCCUUCCACAAGGUUACAGGCAUCUUACGGUCAAUCAUCAGCUCAACUUUGUGGACCCGACGACUGGGGCGCACACCCAGAACAUCGAAAGCCACUGGCAGAGGUAUAAACGCCUCGUCAAGCAGAAGUGCGGGAUUAACAACAGCCGCUAUGGAGAUUACCUGAAGGAGUUCUUAUGGAGGCAGAUGUUCGGCAAGCGGGAAGAGUCCCUGUUUCACUUCUGGAAGCAGGUAGCCGAGUUGUACCCGGUUCCCUGCUGA